GUUCACCAGAUGCAGAACCAGAUGAAGGAUGUUGAUCUUCAUCUCACAUGUUUCUUGGGCUUGAAGGUCGUUCGGCGUCGAGAUGAAGGAACAAGAGUGUUCAUUCUUAGCUUGUCGUCCACUCACAGACACAGAGACAGAAACAGAAUGGCAAAGUGGUUCUAUCCAAAGAGGACAUCAUCAACAGCUUUAUACUAGAAAAAAGUUGCAAAGAACCUGCGUGCUGAGGUGAUGAUAGAUACAAGUAGCAAGAGACAAGAAGAUGAAGCACGCAUUUGACGGAAACAAGGAGGCCAUGUUUUUUUCCUUUUCUCACUCUCUGAUGAACGAAGAAGAACAACAAGCAGACGAGAGGACUGUUGAAAAAUCAUUGAACGAUGUAGUUUUACAGUGUUUGAUGAUUUUUGUUGCUUGUUUGAUGUCUGUAAUCAUAGUUCUGCACCUGCUCAACAGUUUUUUCUACGUUCUUCCAGAGUGCUGGUGUGUUGUUUUUUCCUCGUAUUAUUUUAUUUGGUCGAUGGCGGGAUCUGGAUCUGUCAUCUUGAACAACUACAACAAUGAGCAGGUGCUAGUUUCUUCACUUUUUUUUUGGAGCAUCAAGGAAGAAGCACGCAGCUUCAGGCAAAAUCUUCGGUUCUUUUUUUCCCAAAUGCACAAUCUUAGGAAGAUGUCAAAAGAGAGAACCAACUGA